UAUUAAACAUGGGAGGCUGAAAUAGCAACAGCAAACCUGAACCUGCAGGUCACAAGAAACCUAAACCGGAAGAGAAGUCGCUUGUUUGUUUAUUUAACGAGAGGAAGCGAGAGUUGUAUAGAGAAGGACAGAGAAAACGAGUACAAGAGGAAAUAAGGGGGAUAAAAAAUAUGGUAAGGGAAAAGAUGAUGAAAGAGAGAGGGAUUAUUGAGCAUCCUCAGGAGAAGAGGAUGCCCCAAAAGGAAGAGGAUAAAGAAAACUUACUAGAAUGUAGGAGAAGAGCUGAAUCUGCUGAAGACAGAAAAGAGAAAAUGAAUAAGGCUUUUGGAAUAAAAGAAAAAGCAAAAGAAAUAUAGGCAAUUUCCCUG